AUGAAGUUCGCUUUUGGUCUCGCUCUCUUCGCCUCGUCGGCGCUCGCUGCGUCGCACUUUAACGGCCUCAACUACAACCCGAAGCGGCAGGAUGGCUCGUGCCCGGUCGUCGAUCAGGUGCGCCAGGACCUGCAGGUGCUGCGUCCGUACACGAACAAGCUGCGCAUCUACAGCGUCAACGACUGCAACCAGGGCGAGCCGGUGCUGCGCGCCAUGGAGAACACCGACUGGAAGGUCGAGCUCGGUCUGUGGGUGAACCAGAACGACGCCGUGUACCAGGCCGACAAGGCCGAGCUGCUGCGCCUGGCCAAGUACUUUGACUUCAACAAGCAGGUCGCCGCUGUUAUUGUCGGGUCCGAGUCGAUCUACCGUGGCGAGCAGACCGCCGAGCAGCUGGCUGCCAAGGUCAAGGACACCAAGGCCGCGCUGGCCGCCAUCGGCCUUGGCAACAUCCCUGUCAGCUCCUCGGAGACCUGGCCCACGUACUACAAGCCGCUGAUCGACGCUGUCGAUUUCGUCAACAUGCACGGCUUCCCGUUCUGGGAGGGUGUUGCUGUUGAUCGCUGCUGGCGACAAGAUGCCCAGGCCGGCGGUAAGAAGGUUGUUAUUGGCGAGACUGGCUGGCCCACGGCCGGCGACAACUAUGGUGCCGCUAUUGCCAGCCCCGAGAACACCCUGAACUACAUGCAGCAGUUCAUUUGCCGCGCCAACAAGGAGGGCAUUGACUACUACUGGUUCAACUCGUUCGACCAGAGCUGGGCGUCGCACAACAAUGCCUCGAACGUCGAGGGCAACUGGGGUAUCAUCAAGAGCGACUAUGUCACUCCCAAGUUCCAGGAGCCCAUGUAUGUCUGCGAUGGUAGCGUUUCGUCGUCGGUUGAGUCGUCGUCUGCUGCUGAGUCCUCGAAGACCGUUGAGUCGUCGGAGGCUGCCAAGACUGAUGCCACCAAGACUGAUGCCACCGAGACUGCUGCACCAAGACUGCUGCCACCGAGACUGCUGCCAACACUGGUGCCCCGGCUACCGAUGCUCCGGCCACCGACGCCCCCGCCACCUCGGUCCCGGCCAACACUGACGCCGCUACCUCGAGCGCCCCCGCCGCUACCUCGGUCCCCAAGUGCAAGAAGCACUAGAUCAAUGCCGCUGCUCAGCUCGUGGUACUAUAAAAUGACCUUUAAAUAG